UCUAUAGUCGAAGCCUCGAAAAUACAAAAUAUUUUGUAAGUACGAUUACUACGAUUGGAUUCAUCUAUUAUAUGGCAUUUAUUUGUAUAUGAAAAUUGUUAUAAUAACAUUAUUAUAUACUACAUAGCCACAUAAUAACUGCCAUUUUCAGCCAAUCACAGCGUCGAUUUUAUUCAAGAAAUCAUAGUAUCAUGGAAUAAUGUGAAGUCAUCUUAAAGGACAAAUGUGUAUUUUGUACAAGGUAAUUUCCAGCAUUCAAGAGUUUAAAAUGUAAGAUUUACAUUAAUCAAGAAAUAAUAAAUAAUUUAAUUUGAACAAGAAUAUAAUAUAGUUAUAUAGGUAUAAGGUAUAACAAUAGAAUUUAUAUUGCAAUAAAAUUAUUAUGGAUUAUUUCAGUCUAUAAAUUAGUCACAGUGAUUUAAAAUAAAUAUCGAUCAAAAAAUUAUUAUAUUAUUAUUGAAAGAAUAACACUGACAAUAUGACGAAACGCACUCAAGAAAAUCUAAAUGAAAAAUUGUUAAAAAAAAGAAAAAAACCUCAUAAAAAUUAUGGUAAAAUAAAGAUCAAAUAUAAUGCCAUGCAUGAACAUAAUUACUUUCAUGUUGAUAAAAUAAAAAAUUGUCGAUGGUCUAAAAAAGUAAAUCAUACUGAAAAGAUAACAAAUGACUAUGAUGAAUGUGAUUCUACAUUAGAUUGGUACAGAGACCUAAGUUCAAGUGAUGAAGAGGAAGAUAUAAAAGAUAUGUCUCUUUCUCAUUUAUUAAAAAUAGAACUUGAAAAAGACUUACUCAAAGAGUGCAAAAAUAAAAAAUCCUCAAAAAACCAACUAUAUGAUGAAUUAAAUAAUAAAAAUAAUCAUAAUUUGUUAAAUAUUUCUAAUGAUUCAAAUAGUGUAAUAAGUGAAAAUCAUCUAAUUAACAAUGGAGAACAAAGUACAUUUGUACAAAUUGUUCCAUUAACUAAUGAUGCAUUAAUUAUACAAAAUCAAAAUAUUACAAAUGAAUCUCAAACAAUAUUUGGUCAAUCAUGUAAGGAACUUACAAAUAAUAAUUGUACGUUUAUUGGAUUAUUACCAAAUGUUUCAAUGAAUGAAGAAGCAAGAACUGAUCAUUACAAUAAUAAUAUGCAAAAUUAUUUUUUGAGCUUUUCAUUAGAUACAAACAAUCCAAUACUUGAGAGAGAAACACAGUCUUCAUAUAAUCAUGUUAAUGUUGCGAAAACAUCUGCAAACAAUGUGUGUCCACCAUUACAUUGGAUUCUUUUAAUAUAUUUAGCUAUAAAAAAUUCUGCUACAGAGAAUGUAUCUUGUUAUGAUAUACAGCGUUUUGUCAGAUAUUGGUUUCCCUACUAUAACAAAGAAUCAUAUAUUGGAUUUAUCCGUAUAAUAUUAAACCAUAUAAAUAACUUUGGUGAAAAGUAUUUUUAUUGUAAUUCAUUUCCAAUUGAUAUAGAUGAAAACGAUACAUGGACUAUCAAUAGUUUCUAUAUAAAAUUAUUAGAAAAAAGAUUGAUUAGAAUGGUUAAAAACAAUGAAAAUAAAAUCAAAUCAGCAAUGACUAAUCCUGAUAAAUUAUCAACAAUAGUAAAUGGAUACGGUGUAUCUUAUUUGGGAUUUAGCCAAAAUCUUUGAAUUAUUUCUGUAAACUGAAUCAACAAUACUAUCAUAUGAUUUAAUCUGGAGAUCAACGGAAAUCAUUUAAUCCUAAAUUGUCAAUUUGUUGAACAUUAUAUACAGUUCAAUUAAAAAAAGUGUACAGUACAUCAGGAUAUACAUCAUAUUUACACUAAUGUAAAAUAUUCCUUUUAAAAAAAUUGUUUAAUAUUACUUAAAAUUUGAUGUAUUUUUUUUUCAA